CAAGGCCGAGACACGCAUACCCCCCCCCCCCCCCAGCGUUACAACACCAGGAUUCUUCUUCCUCCGCUCAUCUCCGAUUCAAUUCUCUCGUCUCGCUCGUUUCACCAUCUGGUAUCAAAACCCUAAAUUAGCUUCUCCUUCACUCUAAACCCUGUCCAGGUAAUUACUAUCCCCUUCCCCCGCCCCCAGAUCUGAGCUCCACGCUUGUUAACGCAGAGAUCCGUGCAUUUCUCGGAUCCUAGAUUUGGAUCGUGUUGUUAUUCUAGUUGGCGGCCGUGGUAAAUUGGAGGAUUGAAGAGUAUGGCAGCUCCUGUGCCUCCAGGGGCGCCUAGACCAGGAACCAGUAUGCAACAAACGCCACCACCACCUAAUUAUAACCCAAAUUUUCAAGGAAAUCCGAGUUUCUUAGCCGAUAAUGUGCAAAAUUUGAAUCUUAAUCGCGCUCCUCCGGUAUCCAAUCCCGGUCCUAGGCCUGUCCCAUUCCGUCAACCACCGCCUUUUCCUCACUCCGCUCCUUCCCCUGGUUUUCCUUCUGCUUCGCCAGUGUCUCGGGCUCCCCCGCCUCCUGGUGCGGUUCCAAGAGGUGCAUUUCCUCCUUCAGGACCCCUACCAUCCAUGUUGUCCUCAAAUUCAGGCCCGGGAAGACCCACUGGUCCGCCUUUCAGUCAGCCACCCGCUUUUGGUUCUAGGCCGUUUACUGGGUCUCCGCCCUCUUCGGUUGGGCCUCAGGUUGUGUCUCCUCCUGCAACAUCUUCUGGUCCUUUCCCAUCUUCGAGUUUGCAAGCUGGUGUAGUCGCUCCUCCUCCAGGUGCUCGCCCUAGUACGUUUGGCUCAUCUUUGCCGGUGGCUGGCAGUUCUCUGGUGCUCACUUCAAACACGCCUGGUGCUCCAAUCAGUAAUGGACCAUCAGUGUUUGGUUCGGGGGCUGUUUUAGGUGGACCUCGGUUUCCUCCUUCUGGUGGUGCUCCCCAACCACCUGUUGUAUCACCUCCAGUACUGGCCUCAGCUCGGCCUCCUCCUCAGGCUGCGAGCGCGCACUCUAUUCUAGGAACUUCGUCGGUUACUACACCGCCUGGCCCUCCCAUGCAACAACCACCAAUGUUUCCUGGUGCACCUCAGGGAAGACCGUUGGUUCCAGGUUCUCCUUAUGGAGCGCAGUGGUCAGUGCAACCACAGCAGCCUGCCACGAGUGACUACAUUGUUAGAGAUACUGGGAACUGCAGUCCACGCUACAUGAGGUGCACCAUCAAUCAGAUCCCAUGCACGGCUGACCUUUUAGCUACAUCAGGGAUGCAGUUGGCUUUGUUGGUCCAACCUUUUGCUCUUCCUCAUGCAUCUGAGGAACCUAUCCAAGUUGUGGACUUUGGGGAAAGUGGUCCUGUUCGAUGUGCUCGAUGUAAAGGCUAUAUAAACCCUUUCAUGAAGUUCAUUGAUCAAGGGAGGCGAUUCAUCUGUAAUUUGUGUGGUUAUACUGAUGAGACUCCUCGAGACUACCAUUGCAAUUUGGGUCCUGAUGGUAGGCGUAGGGAUGCUGAUGAAAGGCCUGAGCUUUGCAGAGGGACUGUUGAGUUUGUUGCUUCAAAGGAAUACAUGGUGCGGGACCCUAUGCCAGCUGUCUAUUUUUUCCUCAUUGAUGUCUCUAUGAAUGCCAUACAGACUGGCGCAACUGCUGGAGCUUGUAGUGCUAUCAGUCAAGUCCUUUCUGACCUUCCUGAAGGCCCCCGGACAUAUGUUGGGAUUGCAACAUUUGACUCAACAGUACAUUUUUACAAUUUAAAACGUGCAUUGCAACAGCCACUGAUGCUCAUAGUCCCUGAUGUGCAAGAUGUUUAUACACCGCUUGAGACAGAUGUUGUUGUUCAGCUUUCCGAGUGUCGUCAACAUUUAGAGCUCUUGCUGGAAAGCAUCCCAUCCAUGUUUCAGAAUAGUAAAACUGCGGAAUCAGCUUUUGGUGCAGCAAUUAAGGCUGCUUACCUGGCAAUGAAGAGUACUGGAGGAAAGCUUAUGGUAUUUCAGUCAGUAUUACCAUCAGUUGGUAUUGGGGCACUUUCUGCUAGAGAGGCUGAAGGAAGAACUAACAUCUCCGCUGGCGAAAAG